AUGACCUCAACUGCCCCACGUACUGCAUUCGUAACCGGCGCUGCGUCGCAAGGUAUUGGCCGUUCUAUAUCCAUCCGGCUUGCACAGGACGGCUUUUCCGUAGCUUUAAACGACAUCCCAUCACAGGAAGAAAAGCUUUCGGAACUGAAGAAGGAGAUUGAGAGGAUAUAUGGAGCCAGUAGUGACCAGCGAUGCGUGGUCACCUUGGGAGACGUGUCGUCAGAGGGAGAUGUCAAACGGAUGUUUGAGGAGGUGGUCGAUCAACUCGGUGGUCUGGACGUUAUGGUUGCGAAUGCUGGGAUCUAUAUUGCAAUGAAGCCCAUCCUUGAGACUUCGCUCGACGCUUUUGACAGAGUCAUGUCGGUAAAUGUCCGGGGCAUGUUUUUAUGCUACCAGCAUGCGGCCAGCCAGAUGAUCAAACAAGGCCGUGGAGGAAGGAUAAUAGGUGCAUCGUCCUUGGUCGGAAAGCAAGGCUCACCUUCGGCAACUGCUUACAGUACUAGCAAGUUUGCUAUCCGUGGCUUGACACAGUCCGUUGCGCAGGAUCUUGGUAAAUUUGGCAUCACCGUGAACGCUUAUGCGCCCGGCGCCAUUUCUUCCGAUAUGCUACGGAAUAUGGCCAAUGAUACUGACGAUCCACCAGCGCUCAUAAAAUCUCAAGCGGAAGUGGCCGCCGUCAAGAGAGUAGGGGAACCUGAAGAUGUGGCAGGAUUGGUCUCGUUCCUCGCCUCCGACUCAUCGAGCUUCAUGACCGGUAUGUACCCAACUUACUUUUUGACCAUCGACGGUGGGCGGUACUUCGAUUGA